CAAGCCUCCUUGGGUGCUCAUGUUUCCAGCAAAUGAUGGGAGCCAACAGGACAGGAGUAUCCAGGUCCAAACGGACACAUAUUGCAAGGACUCCCAACUAGAUGGAUAAAGGGGGCGAACCCCCCACCCCAGCUUCCCGACUUCGACAUGGGACUUGAUGCUCUCCCACCAAGCCCCCUUGGCCAUCUGUGAGUGCCAAGGGGAAGCCUAUUCUGCAGUCUGGGAUGGUGACGGCUCCAGGAAGUGUCUUAGCUUGAAGAGCAGUGUGUGGAGCCAGGUGCCAGGCAGGACCUAACUUUAAUUUCACUGCUAUCCAAGGAAUAGCAAUUGUCGUCCUGCUUUGCCAAGUGACAGAACUUGGAGGGAUGGAGGAGCUCAUUCAGCAAGCCCCUGCCAGAGCAAGGAUACAAACUGAGGCACAAAAUGGCUUGUUCUGUCUCUCACUCCUGGAGGCAAAGCCGCACAGGCUGGUGUGGCCGUCGGAGACUGGGUACUGAGCAUCGAUGGCGAGAACGCAGGAAACCUCACACACAUCGAGGCCCAGAACAAGAUCCGUGCCUGUGGGGAGCGCCUCAGCCUGGGUCUUAGCAGAGCCCAGCCUGUUCAGAGCAAACCACAGAAGACAGUUGCUCAGACAGCUGGUCCCCGAUGCCAGCAAGCAGCGGCUGAUGGAGAAUACCGAAGACUGGCGGCCACGGCCGGGCACGGGCCAGUCCCGCUCCUUCCGCAUCCUUGCCCACCUCACGGGCACAGAGUUCAUGCAAGACCCGGAUGAGGAGUACAUGAAGAAGUCAAGAGGAGACCCAAAGGCUGCCAUAGGAGCAGGAGCCCCGCCCUGCUUCCACACUCCACAGCAGACCAGCCAGGUGCCCAGGACAGAAGCCCCAGCCUCAACUAUACCCCAGGAACCCUGGCCCGGCCCCACCACCCCCAGCCCCACCAGCCGCCCACCCUGGGCCGUGGACCCUGCGUUUGCUGAGCGCUAUGCCCCAGACAAAACCAGCACGGUGUUGACCCGUCAUAGCCAGCCAGCCACACCCACACCUCUACAGAACCGCACCUCCAUAGUGCAGGCCGCAGCUGGAGGAGGCACGGGAGUGGGCGGCAGUAAUGGCAAGACCCCCAUAUGCCACCAGUGCCACAAGAUCAUCCGGGGCCGCUACCUGGUAGCACUGGGCCACGCAUACCACCCUGAAGAGUUUGUGUGCAGCCAGUGUGGAAAGGUCCUGGAUGAGGGCGGCUUCUUCGAGGAGAAGGGGGCUAUCUUUUGCCCUUCUUGCUAUGAUGUGCGCUAUGCACCCAGCUGUGCCAAGUGCAAGAAGAAGAUCACUGGAGAGAUCAUGCAUGCCCUGAAGAUGACCUGGCAUGUGCAAUGCUUCACCUGUGCUGCCUGCAAAACGCCGAUCCGCAACAGAGCCUUCUAUAUGGAAGAAGGGGCGCCCUACUGCGAGCGAGACUACGAGAAGAUGUUUGGCACAAAAUGUCGAGGCUGUGACUUCAAGAUUGACGCUGGAGACCGCUUCCUGGAAGCACUGGGCUUCAGCUGGCAUGACACAUGCUUUGUUUGCGCAAUUUGUCAAAUCAACCUGGAAGGAAAGACCUUCUACUCCAAGAAGGACAAGCCCCUCUGCAAGAGCCACGCCUUCUCCCACGUGUGAGCACCUUCCACACACCAUGGCCGCCCCACCCCGCCUGAAGGGUGAAAAGUCUAGAGUGAUCACCCUCAACAUUUCUGGGUAGGGCUGGCAGUGGUUGUCCCCACCCCCAACUCCUGGCCGGAUCCUGGGGUUCCCUGAAUCCUGUUUCACCUUCUUCACCAUCCCCUUAGCUGCACUUCCUCCGCCACCGUCACUCACUGGUGCUGGCCAUACUAGGCCCGUUCGUUCCAGUGCCACAAUAAACCUGUACUAGCUGUG